AUGAGAAUAUACUUGCGAACAUAUGAUCUGUGGCAAGUGGUAGAGGUUGGAGGAGAGGUAAAUCCUUUGCCAGAUAAUCCAACAAUGGGGCAAAUUAAGAAUCACAGAGAAGAGGUUGCAAAAAACUUUAAAGCUCUCUCUUGCAUACAAUCAGCACUUUCGGAAGUAAUUUUCGCUAGAGUUAUGGUGAGUGAGACUACAAAGGAGGCUUGGGACAAGUUGAAAGAAGAAUUUCACGGAAGUGAAAAGAUUAGAAUUCUCCAACAAGUUGAUGAAGGUUGUAAACCAAAUCAGACUUAUGGGAGAAGAGAUUACAGAUUCAGAAUCAUGAAAAAGGUUCUAGAGAGUUUGACGGAAAGAUUUGAAGAAAAGAUCUACUCACUCGAAGAUUUGAAGGAUCUCACAAAACUGUCACCUUCAGAACUUAUACAUGCUCUUCAAGCUCAAGAGCAAAGAAGAUCCUUGAGGCUAGAAGAAGCUACUGAAACUGCUCUUCAAGCCAAGCUCAAAGGAAAGAUGUUUUGCAGAGUGAAGAAGGAGAACAACCAACAAACUCAAAAAGCCAACGUUUCGGAAGUUGAAGAACAAGAGGAGUUUGUGUUUACGGUGAUGGCAUCAACAAUAUCUAAUGAUGGAAAUACAUGGUUUCUGGACAUUGGUAGUGUCAAGUUGGCCGAUAAAACAACGUUGGAUAUUGUUGGUAAAGGAACUGUGGCAAUUGAAGCUCCCAAAGGUACUAAAUUUAUUCAAGAUGUUUUGUUGGUACCUGAUCUUGACCAAAAUCUUUUGAGUGUUGGUCAAAUGCUAGAAAAAGAUUAUAUGUUAUUGUUCAAAGACAAAAAAUGUGUUGUUUCUGAUUCUAGCAGCCAAGAAGUUAUUGUGACCACCAAGCAAAACGAUGACAAUUUUAUUUUUUAUUGUGGAAAAAUUGAAAAUUGUUGUGCGACAAUGAAUGUUGAAAUCGAACAAAUCACUUCUCAAGAAAAUCCUCAAAAGCUUCAAAACAAUAAUGAGGCUAUAACUAAGGAUAAUCCACAUACUGUAGCUGUGACCACAUCCGGAUCUCUAGACUAUGGAAAUAACAAUAAUUCCAAUUCAGACCUCACAUUUCAUGAAGAUUAG